AAUUGACUUAUACCUAUACGGUUCUCGAUCCAAUUAGUGAAUAUUCAUUCAAUUAUUUUAGUCGUCAUUAAUUAGUUUUAUGUAGCAGUUGAAUUCUUGUUAACCUUAUAUAAAAGAAUAGUAUAACCUUAUUAGCUAUAUUUCAAAUCUUGGUAUAGCAAUGUUUCGCUUAGACAUUCUGAUUGUCGCCUUGGGUUUCAUCAGCAAUGUAUUUUGUGCAUUGAGCUCCGCUGAAGAAGAAAAUGGAAAUGGCAGAUACUUUAUCGAGGGACGAGUUUUCCCUGCUGAAGACCAAGACCCAACGAAUUGGCAAGUCGAUACCAGAGUCCACGUAAACGGCGGCGAGUACAUAGGUUUCAUAAAGGACGAUGGCUCCUUUGUCAUACACAAUGUUCUCACGGGUUCCUAUGUGGUCGAAAUCGUGCACCCAGACUACUUUUACGAGCCAAUCAGAGUCGAAAUUAACUCUAAAGGGAAAUACAGAGCCCGUAAAGUGAAUUAUAUACAGACCUCGCAGAUUAUUCAGGUUCCUUAUCCUUUGAGAAUGAAGGUUAUGUCUAAAAUUAGGUACUUCCAAGUUCGCGAGCAAUGGAGACUAACAGAUUUCCUGUUUAACCCUAUGGUUAUAAUGAUGGUAUUGCCACUCCUCCUCAUCAUGAUCUUGCCAAAGAUGAUGAAUGAUCCAGACACAAAGGAAGACUUCAAGCAAAUCAGCAACAUGGCCAAGAUGUCAGAGUUUCCAGAGAUGUCUGAAAUGUUUACAUCCCUUUUCAGCAAAGGAUCUGCUAAAGUGAAUGCCAAACCAAAACAAGUCAAGAAGAGACAGUAGUUGCAUUUUGUUACUCUAGUUAAUUUAUCAAGUUUAUUUUCCCUUUUGUAUAUAGAAAUAGCAUAAUUUAUACUUCGAAAAUAAACACUUCUUACCUAAUAUGUAAA